CCCCCUCCGGGUAGCGCUGAACGGCCGCGUCUGUCUGUUUGUCUGUCAGAAACUGCGCGGGAGGGGAGGAGCAGCUGCCGCCGCCAACGACAUCUGCAGAGACCGGACGAGGCUUUUGGAACCGGAUUCCGGCUGGCCUGGGAUCGUGACAGCAUCGGCGUUUAACGUUCAAGGCAGCGGCGCACUCUCCGGGCGGGCAACCAUGGCCGAGGUGGAGCAGCAGUUCGGCGCUACCCAAAACGGACACGAAGCGGCGGCUGCGGCGGCGGCCGAGAGCUCAGCGAGUGGCGGCGACGAGGAGCAGCAACAGGAACAGCAGCUGGAGGAGGAAGAGGAGGAAGAGGUGGUGGCUGCAGCGGUGGUGGCCGAGGCAGGAGACGGGGACGGGGAUGGAGACGGGGAUGGAGAAGAGGCGGGACAGUCGGCAGCUUCAGCCGAGGCGACUGGUAGCCAGAACGGAGCCGAAGGCGACCAGAUCAAUGCCAGCAAGAACGAGGAGGAUGCGGGGAAAAUGUUUGUUGGUGGCCUCAGUUGGGAUACAAGCAAAAAGGACUUGAAAGACUACUUCACAAAAUUUGGUGAAGUGACUGACUGCACAAUAAAGAUGGAUCCCAAUACCGGGAGAUCUAGAGGCUUUGGAUUCAUUCUCUUCAAAGAGGCAGCAAGUGUUGACAAAGUUUUGGAGCAGAAAGAACACAAGUUGGAUGGACGAGUGAUUGAUCCUAAAAAGGCAAUGGCAAUGAAAAAGGAUCCUGUGAAGAAAAUAUUUGUUGGUGGACUUAACCCAGAAGCAGCAGAAGACAAAAUCAGGGAAUAUUUUGGAGAGUUUGGAGAGAUUGAGGCGAUUGAACUUCCGAUGGAUCCUAAGACCAACAAAAGAAGGGGUUUUGUGUUCAUCACGUUUAAGGAAGAAGACCCAGUCAAGAAGAUCUUGGAGAAAAAAUUCCACAAUGUCAGUGGUAGCAAGUGUGAGAUAAAGGUAGCUCAACCGAAAGAAGUAUAUCAGCAACAACAGUUUGGUUCUGGAGGUGGCCGGGGAAGAGGUGGAAGAAGAGCUCAAAGUCAAAAUUGGAAUCAAGGUUAUGGCAAUUACUGGAACCAGGGUUAUGGGAGUCAAGGAUACGGCUAUCAGCAAGGUUAUGGUGGCUAUGGAGGCUAUGAUUAUUCAGGAUAUGGGUAUUUUGGAUAUGGACCGGGCUAUGAUUACAGUCAAGGCAGUUCAAAUUAUGGGAAAGCUCCAAGGCGUGGUCAUCAGAAUAACUACAAGCCAUAUUGAUCAAAGGUAUUCAGGUAUGCAGUGGCAUGCUCUCAUGCAGAAAACUACUGCAUAGGUUUUGUACUCAAUGCUGUAGAUGGACAUUACAAUUAUGUACCAAAAUUAACUUUACAAUACAUUUCUAUGGCCUGUUAUGUGUAUCUGAAGAGCUCCCUGGAAAUGUCUUUGUUUAAUAUUUACAGAUAAUAGUUGUCUAGACAGUGUGGUGUGUAAAUUUCAGCCUUGCUGAAGAUUAAUGAUUUUAUUGAUAGGUUAAAUUGAAAUUGAUUUUGAGGGUCUGCUUAAAGCUGCAGCUCUGUAUUUAGGGACUGCCUCUUGGA